GAUAUGAUACCCUAAAGCUCCAGCGCUCCGCGAUGGGCAACGCCUCCCAGCGCCCCGAAGGUGAUGAUAAGGCUGCGGUCCUGGAAAAGGCCAAUACCGAAGGGGCCAAGCCCGAGAAGAGCCGGGAGGAUAUUCGCGACAAAUACGAGCUGGGCAAAGUUUUAGGCAGUGGAUCCUUUGGCCAGGUGCGAGAAGCGUCGCUGAAAGAGUUUCCCGACAAGGUGCGCGCGGUGAAAAUCAUCGAGCGCGACGACGAUGCGGAGCACGGGGGCGAGUGGAGCAAUAGCGCCAUGUUUCGACAAGAGGUGGCGCUGCUGCAAAAUCUGAAACAUGACAACAUUGUCCGUUUCUGGGACGUGUACGAGGAUGUUCACUUUCUCUAUGUUGUCCCUGGGCUGGAAGCUAUGGAGGAUAAGCCCACGUCAUGGACCUUUGCCGUGGAGGGGAAGUCUUCUCGAAUCUUCGGCGGCCAACUCGAGGUGUUUUUGGGGAAGAUUUUGGAACUUCGACGUUUCACCGAAGCGAAUGCAGCGACGUUGGGAUCGCAGAUGUUAGCGGAGAACUUCUUACUCUCCGACAAGUCUCCCACAUCUGUAGUGAAGAUGAUCGAUUUUGGCAUGGCUGUGAAGUACGACCAUGGCGUGUGGUUCAAGGAGAUUUGUGGCUCGCCCCACUACUUAGCUCCAGAAUUGAUUGGUCAGAAGUACAAUCACAUGGUAGACAUGUGGGCCUUUGGCGUCCUCAUGUACCUUCUGAUGUACGGCCACUAUCCGUAUGACUCCAAGAACACCCGAGACAUCAUGAUGAAGGUGUUGACUGAACCCAUCCGAUGGCAGACGAAAGCCAAGUUGUCUCAACAGACGCUGGGUUUCUUGAAGCGUUGCUUAGAGCCAUCGGUGCGGAAGCGCAUCACGGCCGAGGACGGCUUAAAGCAUCCCUGGAUCGUGACCGCUGCGGCACCAGACCCCGAAACCGGUCGGGAGAAGACCAUCGAAGUCGAGGAGGAGAUGGAAGCGGAGUGUAAUGCCCACCGAAAGGUGACCGCCACACGAAAACAGGUGGACCAGGAGGCGACGGUGCAUGCAGAGAAUCGUCGCACCGACUUGCUCGAAAAGAUCAACAAAGACUUCGAGAAGGGCAUCCGUUUGGGCAACCGCUUGGGUGAAACACCUCAAGAGGAUUUUAUGUCCAAACCGGAGUUUGUUCGGCGCGACAACCGCCUCACCACCGCACCAUCGCAAGCAGUUGGCUCAGGCCCUAGUGCGAGUAAGGCGGUGGUGGAAGAAAAGAAAGUGGAAGGGAAGAAAGUGGUCAUCGCUGAGGAAACGAAGCGUGAGGAACUUGCUCCAGCGAACAGAAGGAAGAAAGCCCAUGCGCAGACUGCACGAUUGAUGUACAUGGGAGACCUGCAAGAGAAGGAUGAGGAUGAGAUGAGGAAGAUGUGGAGUGAGUGGAAGACCAAAGAGAAGGAUGAGGCGGGGAUGUCAAGUAUGUCACCUACAGCUGAAGUCUCAGAGGACCGUCAGGAUACCCGAAACAACCUCACAGAUGCAGCCGGAAUCCAAAAGCUUCGUUCGGAAAAGGCGCAGAAAGAAGCCGAGGAAGAAGCUGGUUUCAUCUCGGCCCGGGGCCCAAUUGGUGUAGCCCAACGAUCGGCCCACUUUGAUAACUCCCCAGAGGUCCCAAAGACCAAAGAUGCAGCACCUUGGCGCAGAAAAACGAUCGAUUCUCAGGGGUCAUGCCUGGUGGCGAGGUCAAACUGCCGGGCACAGUGCCUUGAGGAGCGACUGGAUUUGGACUGGGAGGAGAUUCCUGAAGAAAUCCAGCUGAAAUCGGAAAAAGACAGCUCCUUGAAGCUCUUGAGGGGCGCAAACAAAAAGGUGCUAGGUGAGGACUUCAGACUCCUCAGCCGUGCCGUGCGUUUCAAGUUUCGCCCCGAAAAAACGUGGGUGUGCUCACUGCGCCAUCGGGGCGCUGAAAUCAUCACGGGAGUGGGGGCUUCCUCGAGUCAGAUCUUUAUGGAUGACGAAUAUGACGAAUAUGACGAUAGUGAUACAGGGAGCCAGCGGGUCCCAGCGGGCAGUCGCGGGUCGCGGGCGGGUCGCGGGUCGUCAGGG